AAAAUAAAUAGACACACCACUAUCUAUUUACAGUAAACUCAAUGAAGUCCCCCAUGGAGGGAGGCCCUGGUCUUUACUGCAAGAGAGAUAGAGAGAUAAGUAGAAAAGGAAACGGAGAGCAAGAGAGAGACUCAUGAGUAAGUGAGAGUGACACACUGACGUGCUGCUGGUUUUCAGUAAGGAAAUUGAAGACGCCUUGCAUCUGGAGUACUUUUGAAGACACAAGCUGGGGGGCAAGUUUCAAGCCUUGGGCAUGAACUCACAGACUGGGCCCUACAGUGGGAGGAGUGGAGACUGAAAACAGCUUCUGUAAAGCUCAUCUGCUUUUUCAGGAUGGGCUGCGCUUGCAGUGGCCAGAAACAAGUAAAAGAUGACAAAUUCUACAAAGGAAAACACAACUCUCGGGUCUCCAACUCGUCAAAUCACAUAGCACGAGGUGGAAACACAUAUGUGGAUAAUGAAGACAUCGUGUUUGUGGCUCAACAUGACUUCAAAGCGACCAACGAGAACGAUCUACCUUUCAAAAAGGGAGACAAACUUAAGGUUUUACAAGAAAAUGGAGAUUGGUGGGUUGCUAGAUCGUUGGUGACAGGACAGGAGGGCCUCAUACCAUGCAAUUAUGUAGCCAGAGCAGAUACGCUGGAGGUGGAAAAAUGGUUUUUCAAGGACAUGAGUAGGAGAGAGACUGAACGACUACUUUUAGCUCCCGGAAAUAAACCGGGCGCCUUUCUAGUGCGAGAGAGCGAGACCUGUAAAGGGUCUUUCUCGCUGUCAGUCAGAGAUCACACAUUGGAGCAAGGAGAUGUGGUAAAACACUACAAGAUCCGCUGUAUGGACAAAGGUGGCUACUACAUCUCACCCUCCACCACAUUCCCAUCGCUACAGGAGCUGGUUAAAUACUACACCCGUACAGCAGAUGGUUUGUGUCAGCGGCUGUAUGCCCCUUGUAAGGCGAAACCACCCGAGCAGCCGUGGGCUCAGGACGAGUGGGAGAUUCCCCGAGAGACGCUGAAAAUGGUGAAGAAACUGGGGGCCGGGCAGUUUGGAGAAGUGUGGAUGGGUUACUAUAAGAACACCCAGAAGGUCGCUAUCAAGACCUUAAAGGAGGGAACAAUGGAGCCUGAGGCGUUCCUGCAGGAGGCCAACCUGAUGAAGCAGCUGCAGCAUGAACGACUGGUGCGCCUCCAUGCUGUGGUCACUAAGGAACCCAUUCUUAUUGUCACCGAGUUCAUGGUCAAUGGAUGUCUCCUGGACUUUCUGAAAUCAGACGACGGAAAAAAGAUAAAGCUGAACAAGCUGAUAGACAUGUCAGCGCAGAUAGCUGAAGGCAUGGCGUACAUCGAGAGGAAAAACUACAUCCACCGAGACGUGCGUGCAGCCAACAUUCUGGUCAGCGAAACCCUGCACUGCAAGAUAGCAGACUUCGGCCUGGCCAGGAUCAUCGAGUCCGAGUACACAGCUCAAGAAGGCGCUAAAUUUCCCAUCAAAUGGACGGCUCCGGAGGCCAUCAAUUUCGGCACGUUCAGCAUCAAAUCGGAUGUGUGGUCCUUUGGGAUCCUCCUCACAGAGAUAGUCACCUAUGGAAGAAUACCUUAUCCAGGGAUGACUAACCCAGAGGUGAUCAGGAGCCUGGAGAAGUCGUACAGGAUGCCACGUCCGGACGGCUGCCCCGAGGAACUCUAUGACAUUAUGAAAAUGUGCUGGCGGCAGAAGCCUGAGGACCGGCCGACUUUUGAAUUUCUGCAGAACACUCUCAACGACUUCUUUAUUGCCACGGAGGGACAAUAUGAGAUGCAGCCGUGAUUAAACAAAAGGUUUCCUGCUGAUAACCCGAAGACAGCAAAACGUGCUAAAGAGAAAUGUGAGACUUGAAAGGACAGAGGAUGAGGACCAACGGACACAAUUUAUUUUUUUUUAAGAAUUUCAAAUGGACUCUUUUUUAAGUCUGCUUUCUAAGUGAAUGUGAAAGCUAUUCACAGCUUCCUGUCUCUAGCAACUACAUGUUCAUAAAUGAAACAUUCACACCUUCAGCGCAAAGUUUUCUUACACUGACUGUCCUGCUAUUGAUGGCUCUCAUUCUUGAUAACGGCCAAGAACCAGGAGACAUGAUUAGGACUGAUAUACGACGGUUAAAAGAAGGAGUGUUGAAAUACAAAUACAGUACAUGCACAGUGUUGAGAAGCCUUUGGACCUGAGAAAGUAAGUUGUCACAGGUGAAGUUACAAAUGAAACCUUUGCAUGGUACAAAACCCAAAACCAGUGAAGUUGGCACGUUGUGUAAACCGUAAAUAAAAACAGAAUACAAUGAUUUGCAAAUCCUUUUCAACCUAUAUUCAAUUGAAUACACUGCAAAGACAAGUUACUUAAUGUUCGAACAGGUAAACUUUGUAAUUUUUUGCAAAUAUUAGCUCAUUUGGAAUUUGAUGCCUGCAACAUGUUUCAAAAAAGCUGGCACAAGUGUCAAAAAAGACUGAGAAAGUUGAGGAAUGCUCAUCAAACACUUAUUUGGAACAUCCCACAGGUGAACGGGCUAAUUGGGAACAGGUGGGUGCCAUGAUUGGGUAUAAAAGCAGCUUCCCUGAAAUGCUCAGUCAUUCACAAACAAGGAUGGGGCGAGGGUCACCACUUAGUGAACAAAUGCGUGAGCUGAUUGUUGAACAGUUUAAGAACAACAUUCCUCAACGAGCUAUUGCAAGAAAUUUAGGGAUUUCAUCAUCUACGGUCCGUAAUAUCGUCAAAAGGUUCAGAGAAUCUGGAGAAAUCACUGCACGUAAGCGACAAGGCCGAAAACCAACAUUGAAUGCCCGUGACCUUCGAUCCCUCAGGCGGUACUGCAUCAAAAACCGACAUCAGUGUGUAAAGGACAUCACCACAUGGGCUCAGGAACACUUCAGAAAACCACUGUCAGUAACUACAGUUCGUCGCUACAUCUGCAAGUGCAAGUUAAAACUCUACAAUGCAAAGCGAAAGCCAUUUAUCAACAGCAC